UAUCCGCGUGGCGGUGGUACUGAGUGGGAGAGUUACCUAGAAAAGAACGCAGGGUCGCGGGUAAAAGAAGCUGAGAAAGCGCAGUGUCAUACCGUCCGUUAUCGGAUGAGCCACGCACGGCUAGGCUAGCCUCCGCUCAUCUCUCUCUCUCCCACUCCGGCCAUUCAUUAUCUUCGUGGUGCUCGUUGUUCGAGCGUCCACGGCCGUAGAGCGCUCUGUGCGGUUCCUGACGGAGGAAGAGAGGAGGAUUCGCCAUUGCACCUGGUCUCGAAUUUGGCUAGCGGAGUCGAACAAAUCGACACGUGCUCGUCACUACUCCCAGCGCCAGCAGCUGAUUCAACACACACCACACUGGCAGUACUCGCAGGCAUCACACGCCAACCAAACACCCUGGCCAAGUGCAGUCUGAUGAUUGAUUGGAUCCCGCUGUCCAGUUGGUUCUGCUCGAAUUGGUAACGUCUCGUCCAUCAGCCAUUUCAACCUUGUCUAGACCAAAGUCUCAGAUCGUCACUGUUGUCUGGACAUAAACCUACGCGCGUGCUACUGUGACAUCAUCAGUGGCUGCAAGUCCCGGGUGGAGUGCAUCGGAUCACCAUGGCAUCCGAUGGUUACACUCAGCUCUUCGUGUCCAGCACUCUCAUACCAAACACACUUUCUCUGAAGGUUAAGGGACAUGAGAGUCUUCAGUCGUUGUUGGAUCUGGUUUGCAACAGCAUUCCCGAUGGUGACUGCUCCGGUCUAAAGCUCUAUCACAUCGACACGGCGAGAUGGCUGCCCACAGGUGGAGAUGACACCGUACAUUCGUUUGACUUGAUGCUGGGUGGACGCCUAGACCUCCGCAGCCCUGUCAGGCUAGCCAAAAUCAGGUUUCUGGACGACUUCUGCAAGACGAUCAAGUUGGACGAGAGCAAGAUGCUGGUGGACGUGGUGCGUGAUGUCUGCCUGCAGCUGGACAUUGCUCAUCCGGAAGAGCUAGCGUUGGCUGUUGCCGGGGACUACGAGGCACCGGGCCAUGUAGGGAAAAAGACUAGUCACAGCAGCCCCAUCGGAACACUGAGCCGAGCUGGGAGACCUCUGUCCUUCAACUUUGAAUCCCCUAUAACUGCGAGAAAGUCAUCCCCGGCUGCGUCGCCCACGCCAACAUCAGCUACACGGAGGUUUACGCUGGGCAGAUCGGCUUCUCCCGUCACGCUGACUCCGACUGGAGGGAGUUCCCCAGUUCUCUCGCCCGGUCACCAUGGCAGCAUGCCACGCAGUCCCUCACAGCGACGACGUAUCAUGUCGCCUGCUGCUGCCGGUGCUGGUGGAUCUCGGUCACCGAAAGACUCACCGCUGCUGGACACCAGCAGGCGCUCCAAUACGUUUUCCAGUGGCAUGCGUGACUCUCCAGCAAGUCUGAGGAUAUCCGCUGCAAAGGCCAAGGCCAAGCCAGCAAAGCAAGUGAAGAAUUUCUCAAAGAAGCACGGUCUCCGCCUGAACACACCAUGGCUAGCUCCACACAUGUCAUUAUCCGACCAGGACGUGACGGAAGAGGAAGAUUUGUUGCUGAUGUAUCGCAUGUUCUACUGGACCUCAUUGGAGAAGGGUACACGACGUGUGGAUCACCUUUUCAUGCAGGCAAAGAUCCUAUUCCUUGCCGGCGAGAUCAACUGUUCGGACGAGAAAGGCGCCCAGUUUGUUGCUCUCUUGUGCCAAUGUGAACAUGGCAAAUACGAACCAGAGAAGCACAACUUGGAGUGGAUUUCACAACAGCGACAGGUGCUCUUUCCGCCCAAGUACAAGAACAAGGAGGUAUUCAUGCAGCACAUCCAACAAGAGUGGAAGGCACUGGACGGUGUAACCAUGUCGGAAGGCAAAUGUUUGCUAGUACAACUCUGGGCCACCACACCUCUGUUCGGCUAUGAGUUCUUCUCCUGUGCCGAGGUGCAAUCACAGAAGCGAGGUCUUGUGGGCAUCUCCAAAACAAGGGUUGUGUUCAUACCCCAUGAUGCCAAGGGAGAUGAGAAGAAAUCCUCCAAGUUUGACUUCUCCAAGCUAACGUCAUGGUCUCACUCGAGUUUCACGGAGAUAGUACGUCUUACGUUUGGCAAGUCUACUCUACAGCUGCUGCUACCGGAGUAUUCCGGUGUACUGGCAGACUGUGUUCAGUGCCAUCGCGGUCUACACUUGACGUUUAGAUCCGUGCCAGGUGGUCUGGAUGCGGAGUACAGUGUCGUGAAAAUGGACAACGAGGUUCUGUCGCCGGCAGCGUCAUGUCUGCAGCUUGCUAUACCGCAGAUCAAACUGGAAAGAGACAAGAGUUUGACGUUUGCUGAUGUGUAUUGGUCCGUCAAGAUUGGGAACCCAUUGGUAUCGGAGGAGGAGAAUGUCGACAUUCGCAACCCAGGACUCUGGCACAAUCCCAUCUAUGACAAGAUGGAAGAGCUAGUGGAUGAAAGGUUCCAGUUCCUUGAUGACCUGGACAUUGGCGGUGACCUUGACGACGAUGAUGAUGAUGACGCCGGCUUUGACACGGUGGCCGGUGCACGGCGGAUCUCAUCGCAGUCCGGGGGUCACGGCACUGCCACGGCAACCACCGGCUCCAUACAGGUUGGCCGAGCGGGCACGUCUGCCUGUGCUGGCAGCAUACUGGCUCCACCGAUGCAGGCUCCGCUUCCAAUCCAGGUGUCGAGCUUCACCAGCUCCAACAACAGUGCUAGCAAUGACCGUGGUAACAGCGGUGGCAGCAGCAGCAGCAAUGAGCGGCAGAAGGAAGACACAUCAGCCCCACGUGCAGAGGACGCAGCACCACACACAGCAGCAACAAGGAACAGUCUCCCCGCAGCAGCAACAAGCAACAGUCUCCCCACAGCAGCAACAAGCAACAGUCUCCCCACAGCAGCAACGGCAGGCAGCGGACGGAAGAGCAAGAAGGAGAAGAGCGGCCGCAAGAAAAGCCACCGCGAUCCGAUCUCCUUCGGAGAGAUGCUGCAGCAGGCCGGUGUCAAGGACACGUACAGCGACAGCGACGAUGAAGAAGACGGUGGAGACGUAGCUGCCACCGCUGGCCCCCCUACUGCUGCUGCUGAGGAGAACAGUGCAGCAGGUACACCGACAAUUGUGGUCAGUCAAAUGAUGUCUGAUGCCAGUCUUGAAAGCACAUUGUGGGGUUAGACCCAGUGGCAUGAGAUAAAAAUGAUUGACAGUGUACGACUAUCUCUGAGAUGAGCAUGAUUGACAGUGUACGACUAUCUCUGAGAUGAACAUGAUUGACUUGUACGGCUAUGUCCCUGUACUACAUUCUAGUGACGUCACACACAGGAUGCUGGUUGUAAGCUGUAUGGUGACCGCUGUACACUGGCGUAGAACGAGAUGAAGAAGGGGCCCGUGGCGGAGUUGCUUUGCUAUCUCUACUGGCAUUGUAUGCUACUGCUGGUGCUGCUGCUGUUGCAAAACCUAGUGAAGCUUUGUGGUGACGAUGGUGCCAGCGGUAGUGCUGCUGCUACUGCUGCUGUAAAACCUAGUGAAGCUGAAGUAAUGACCUUGGUGCCAGUAGUAGUGGUGGUGCUAUUGCUGCUGCUGCUGUUGCAAAACCUAGUGAAGCUUUGUGGUGACGAUGGUGCCAGUGGUGGUGGUGAUGCUGCUGCUGCUGCUGCUACACGGUGGCGGCAGCGAUGGCAGUAGUGCUACUGGUGCUGGUGCAGGUGUCAGUGCUGGUGCUGCUCCUGUUCUCGCAGGAGUGCCGCCUUGCAUGCGGCGGCUCAGUGCAUAUAAUAUUAUCGUGAACAAGUUCGAGCAUUUGAUAUGGCGCUCUUCGCCUCGACAACCAUACUAUCUACCAUGAACGUAUUCAUUUGAUUGCCGGUCAGUACUGUCUAGUGUUAUGGACAGCUGAAGUUGGUCUCUGGCCUCUGCCAGCCUCUUGUAUAGUCAUUUAAUUUGUAACUGUAGCGGCUACAUACCGGUCACUCGUUGUUUUUUUAAGAAACCUAAUCUGCAUGCCUGGAGAAGUUUACUCUGAUGUGUACAGUGUCAUAAUUAUACAUGUGCAUGUCUAUCUAUUAAAACACGUAGAUCUACAUAUCCAUUCGUGAUAAAGCAGCUUAGACAGUCUAACGCCAAUACUUGACUGAUUUUUUGUAAACUAUAAUUAUUAUUAUUAUGACCUCAGAGUCCAUGUGCUUUGAAA